CUGGAGCGACUCUAAAAUAUUCUCUUCUCCACAAUAUUCACACUCACGCUCAGCAAAGGACAUCGGCAGCAAGUGGAAAGCAGACCUGAGAUGGGGAAAAUGCAAGUGUUGGGUGUAGUUGCGGUGUUGUUGGCGGUGUACUGCGUCCAUGCAACGGUUUACUUUCGGGAGGAGUUUCUGGACGGUGAUGAGUGGAGAAGUCGCUGGAUAAACUCCAAACACAAAUCUGACUACGGAGAGUGGAAGCUGACGGCUGGAAACUUUUAUGGAGAUGCCGAGAAAGACAAAGGUCUGCAGACAAGCCAGGAUGCUCGUUUCUAUGCUGCCUCUGCCCGCUUUGACCCUUUCAGCAACGAGGGCAAGUCUCUGGUCAUUCAGUUUACAGUCAAGCAUGAGCAAAAGAUCGACUGUGGCGGCGGCUACGUGAAGGUCUUCCCCGCUGACUUGGAACAGACCGAGAUGCAUGGAGAAUCCUCAUACUACAUAAUGUUUGGCCCUGAUAUCUGUGGAUACAGCACCAAGAAAGUCCACGUCAUCUUCAAUUACAAGGGCAAGAAUCACCUCAUCAAGAAAGAAAUUAAGUGCAAGGAUGAUGAGCUGACCCACCUGUACACACUCAUCCUGAAUCCAGAUCAGACCUAUGAGGUGAAGAUUGACAACGAGAAGGUAGAAUCUGGCAGUCUGGAGGAAGACUGGGACUUCCUGCCCCCAAAGAAAAUUAAGGACCCCGAAGCCAAGAAGCCAGAGGACUGGGACGAUCGUGCCAAGAUUGAUGAUGCUGACGACACCAAGCCAGAGGACUGGGACAAAGCUGAAAACAUCCCAGACCCUGAUGCCAAAAAGCCUGAAGAUUGGGAUGAGGAUAUGGACGGAGAGUGGGAGCCACCCAUGAUCCCCAACCCAGAGUACAAGGGUGAAUGGAAACCUAAGCAGAUCGACAACCCCGACUACAAAGGAUCUUGGGUGCAUCCUGAGAUCGACAAUCCUGAAUACAGCCCUGAUUCAAACAUUUACAAGUUUGACAACAUUGGUGUCCUUGGUCUUGAUCUCUGGCAGGUGAAAUCUGGUACCAUCUUCGAUAACUUUGUGAUCACAGACGAUGUGAAGGAAGCAGAUGACAUUGCAAAGGAAACAUGGGGUGUGACAAAGGAACCAGAGAGAAAAAUGAAACAAGAGAUAGAUGACCUGAAACGAAAAGAAGAGGAGGAGAAGACCAAAGAACAAGAUACUGAAGCUGCUGAUGAGGAGGACGAGGAAGAAGAGGAGGAGGAUGAAGACGCAGAUGAGGAAGAGCCAAAGGAUGAGAUAGAGGAGGCACUUUCAGAAAUGGAGGAGGAGGACGUAAACCAGAAAGAUGAGCUUUGAGGAGGUGUGGCCAGAGAUUUUGUCUGUCCCUCCUUUAGAAACUCUGUCCUUUAUGUCCCAGGGGUAUUGUGGCUGCUGUGCAUCCUUUCCCUGAGAUUUGGACACAACCCAACUUGGGGGGGCAAAUGUAGUGUAGGGUGGCAAAUGGAUGUUAAUGGAUUUAGUUUCUCUAUCAUUUUGGUCAUGAUAUUACCCUGUUGCCCUUAAACUGCUGGAUUGAUUCUAAAGUUUUCCACCUAUAAAGUCCAUUCCUCAUUUUGUAAUAACAGAGAAUAAGGAGGCGCUGACAUCCAAUGUUUUCUUGAUUUUCUUGAUCUACUUUAUUUGCAGAGUUUACCAGAAACUGUGGUUUAAAAAAAAAAACAUGUGACAAAUUUGAAAUUUGCAGAGAAUACAAAUAAGCCAUUCGAGUUUUAGCCGUACUGUCCCCGAUGUAAGGUUUCUGUUGCAGCCUGGUGAAAUAUAAAACGCACGCAACUCAACAUACGAUACAUAAACUGUAAGACUCAAAUCACAAAAUACAGACAGAAAUCAAAACUGAUGUAAUGUAACUUAUUUUGGUUGUGUCUGUGGCACUGACUUCUUUUCCUUUCCACACUCUUUAAGGCAUAAUUGAAGUGUUUAGACCGAACUUUAAUCGUCAUCAAUCAAACUGUUUGUCUGCAUUGAAAUGGCAUGAGUUCAACAUGUCUUUGUGGUAAUGUGAUGGGACCUGCAUAAUAUCCUGAAAAUCUGGAAAAACAGAUGGCGAACCCCUGUCGUGACUCAUGACAUCACUAAGGGUCACACACACACACACAUUUUUAUUGGACAGAAUGUUAUUGAUACCAAAGUUUUUAUUAAAAGAUUAUAACCUUA